GAUGAUGCACUUAUAUGACUGAGGUCAGGGUGAUGUGGUGGUUUGGUGGGGGUGUCGAGCGAGGACCGAGUCGCGGAUUGUGGUCCCUUUCGGGUCCAAAUCACAAAACAAGCUCACCCAGCUCAAAACCCUCACCGACAUCCAUCCUCUCACUCCAGUCGCCAGCUUCGCCACGGUCCGAAUGACCCAUAUUGGCCAAUUGCUCUGUUCUGCUCUGCUGCUGGCCUCCACCUUCCCCGGACUGUGAGACCAGAGAUCUGCGUCAUGCCAAUUCCGACCCCGACGCUGCUGAGACAGUCCAGGCCGCUUGCGGGAUCAUCGCUUUAAGCCAACACCAUGGAGACGCCUAGGCAGACGCAGCGACAAGGCCUGCCCUUGGUCUCGGAACUUCGAGAAGUACUGGACGAUCUUGAUCGCAAAUUGGAGGUAUACCGCAAGGGCCUCGUGGCUGAUUUUGGGCAUCGAUAUCAGCAAACACUGGGCGACGUCGAACCCGCUCUCGCACGCGAGGUCAACCAGUCUCUUGCGCUCAGUGUCGACGCCGACUAUCCUGGUUUGGCACCCGACCUCAAGACUUGGCUCAUUCAGCAAGGUGCCAGCCGCGAGCAGCCGCUCGAUUUUGAUGCUGACACAGCCUCCACGCGGCCUGAACUUGUCAAUACGAGCUCGUCGCACCCGCCAUUGAGUGACUUGGACCUAGAUCAGGACAGGCACCAGCUAGUGAGCGCAGGAUCCCCGCUGUCUCCGAGCGCCGCCUUCGGCGCUGCUCUAACGCCAACGGGCGCAACUCUGUCGUCGGGCGAUCCUCAUGAGCGUGAAAAGGAAUUCCAAGGCCUCUUCACUCCGUUUUUCCUGCCAUUGCUUGACAGUUCAGGCCACCUCAACAACCAACUACGGCCACUUACAUCAUCACUGCCGACAAUCGCUACCAGUCCUUCUCGCACCCAGACAGACGAUGCUGCCAAUGGCAUAAGUAACGAUUUAUCGAUAGGCGUCAAGAAGGCCAAUGUAGUGACGGCCGAUCGCCUGCAGGGUCAAGACAUGGAGGGGCCAAGCGAGACCGGGGGCAUCAGGCGAGCCUUAUCCGACUUACAGCCAGAAGCAAAGCUGAGCUCGCCGUCGCCGCCUCUUACCCGACCUAGCCACGGGCGUUCAGCUACCGACGACACAAUAUCCUCAACAUUAUCAUCGGCCCUCUCAGACAGGAGUGACAGCACGACAGCACGGCGAAGCGCACUGCGUCGAUCUUCGAGUGUUUCCAAGCACAAUCACCAAAGUCCACGACGUGUGCGCUUCGAGUUCAAGGGCGUCGAGAUCCUCCCGACCGCUUCGCCACAGCCCUCCGACUACCUUACCCCCCGACCAUCCUCGCCCGACAAUGCAGACCAGCCACGCUCCUUUGAUGAAAUUGUGGGAGACAACGCGGCUGGCGAGCAAGAAGAGCCCACGAAGCUAGCGCCGCCCCGCAAGAUAUCCUCUUCAGAGGCCCUUCGAGCAAUGUCAAGGACGCCGCUGGACGAAGGUACGGUUUGGACAUUGGUGAAUUCAGAUUCCGAAAGUCGGGACGACGAAACAAUCGACCAGACGCCCAACUUAUCUACGGCAGGGACAAUGGAGGCCAAGACGUCACCUGUCGAUCCGCCAGGCACCGUGGCCCAUGACGUUUCCUCUCCUCCCGACGCAAAUGCUACCGAAGAGGGCUUCCGGGUCGAGCCUCAGAGUGAUGAUUCCUCUGACGAGGAUUUCUUGUCCAUUGGCAAGUCUAGAUCAUUUGAGGGGAAGAAGCCAGUGAAGCAGAUGAAGGCUUCCAUACCGACGUCUCCCUCUAGAAGGGUAGCCGUCCCGACACCAGAACCCUCGGCUCGGCAGGAGGCGCCCAAACUCUCCGAAGAAGAAAGAGACGACAAGGACCACACAUCAUCGGAAGAUUAUGAAGCAGAGGAGGAAGACGACAUGUUCUAUUUCGAGGGUGGACGCGGCCUCAGUGCCCCUCCUCGACCUCGGCGUCGCCCCCCUCCUCUCCAAGAAGAUGAACCCGAACCAUUGUCACCAGAGCGCGACAAUGAACCUGUGCGCACCCCGCAAGUAGCCUCGCCGGGUGUCCCCAUUGCGAGAUCAGCGGGCUCGGGACCGGCUACGCCGACAACCUCGCGCUUCCAGGUUGGAUCUCUGGGAUCGUACAAAGGCCGGCCUGUGGUGAUGCCGAUUGUCAAGAACCCCGAGCUGCAUGCCCAGGCUGAAACACUGGGCGAGUUCGACACAUUUGUUGGUGGCGUGGAAGAAGGCGAACUAUACAGCUACCGCCCCAGUCUGGUUCAAAGCACUUUUACUGGAGAACCUCGCAGUUUAUCAGAGCGAAUGAUGGUGGAUGACGCGCGAGAAGGGGCAGGACAAAGUCCGUAGAUGGUUCUGGCUCACUGCUGUUUAUUCUUAAUUUGGGUCUUGGGGGAUGUCUGGGUCAUGGGAGCAUACGUCUGACGGGCACUGGGUCCUCCCUGCAAGCAUAUCAAAAUGGCGUUGGUUGGUACACGUGCGCAUGCGGAAACUGGGAAACUGGGUUGGUUUGGUUCAUAUGGGGGCGGUUAACGUUGAAGAGAAGUUAUAGACAUGGCAUGGGAUGGUCUGCAUUAUGUGCCGGAAGCCUACGUGAAGUAAAAUAUCCUUCAAAUGGAACUGCCAGCAAUGUAUUUCA